CAGGCGCUAUGCAGGGUACAGGAAGGCGAGUCGAGGAGUGAGAAAGAGAAGAGAAGAGAAGAGAAGAGAAGGAGAGAAGAAAACAAGCUCAGCAAAGAAAACGAACAAGAAAACAAGGAAAGAAGCUGAACGCAGAGCAGAGAGUAGAUCUAAGGACAGCGAGGGAGGACCUGACCGAAGGGAGGAUACCCGUUCACGAAUUUAAGGAGACAAGUGCUACCCGGGACUUUGAAUCGCAUCGACCAGACAUUUCGAUGCUGGUUUGAUCGCAUUUUCGGCUUGUCAAUCGUCCUCAUUGUCUGCAAACUUGUGUGCUAGAGCGCUUCAUUGCUCAUUCUCGUCGUAGUCGCCCCACCAUGGAGACCAGGGAGAGAAGGUUCUCGGUCGAGUCGGCCACCAAGAAAUGCAGGGCAUGCUCUUCCAACUUUGCCUUCCGCACGCAGUCAGCGCCUACACUGCGGCAUUAUCCCAUGAUACCAGACACACGAAUGGGGGAUGCGAGCUCGGAUGGGACGAUCGGCAUUCCCAGCCCCUCCCCGCCGACCAUCCCCAUGGACAAAAUCAAGUCUCCUCCCCUCAAGUCUGCACAGAAUUUCUUCGAGAACUUCCUGUCUCGCCCGGGAUCAAACUGUUCACUUCCCCCUGGCGAUUUUGUGAUUUGCUUACUUUCCUUUUUGUGUAUGG